AUGGCAUCCUUUGUCGAGAUUCCCCCUUCAAAGUCCACGGUGACGGUCUCCAUUAUCCACGCAAAUGCAUGGGUUAAUAAAAUACCAUGCAGUAGCUUCUUCAACCCCGCGUACAUAGGAUUAGACACAUUUGACAUAUGUUCGUACUCAUUUCUAAUAUCUCAUGACAAUGGGUCAAGAAAGCGGCACGUUUUGUUCGAUUUGGGAAUCCGCAAGGAUUGGGAAAGUUACUCGCCAUUCCUAGCACAAAGGCUAAAAGACUGGGGUGCUGAGGUCAAAGUUGGACAGCAUGUGGCUGAGAACCUACAGGAACACGGCUUCAAUCUGCGCGAUGCCGAAGCUAUUAUUCUCAGUCACACACACUGGGAUCAUGUUGGCAACCCAGCAACGUUCCCCUUGUCUACCAAGCUCAUUGUCGGUCCGGGCAUUGUUCGUGAAUUCAUACCAGGUUGGCCGACAGCCUCCAAGUCUCCUUUGAGGGGAAUCGACAUAGCUGGCCGUGAGGUCCUUAGUCUGGAAACACACGACUUUAAAUCGAAAGUUGGGGGCUUUCGUGCUCUCGACUACUUUGGAGAUGGCAGCUUUUACAUUCUUAAUGCUCCAGGACACGCCACCGGUCAUUUGAACGCCCUUGCGCGAACAACUUCAAAUCCUGACACUUUCAUCCCCCCGGCAGCAGACAGUGUACAUUUAGGUGGCGAACUCAGGCCGACCAGCCUAUUACCGCUUCCGGCCGUCGUUGACAUACCAGGAAUGGGUUGCCGUCCAUGUUACACCAAAGAACUACUUCAUAUCCAUCCUCUUCAAUCGGCUACGAAAUCAUUUUUAAGAUUGGAUCCUUCUGUUCCCACAGAUUUGGAAAGUGCAGAGAAGACCGUCGAACUGUUAAAAGCUUUUGACGCAGAUGAACGCUUCCUCAUAAUAUUUAGUCAUGAUACUUCCAUUUUUGACAUUCUUCAAUAUUAUCCUAAAACUGCAAAUGGCUGGAAGGUGAAAUGUUGGAAGGAAAGAGGGCGAUGGACAUUUCUAGCGGAUAUCAAGAAGGCGGUGACGAAAGCUCAGAUGGGUAUCAAAUAG